AUGGGUCUCCUUCGCCUGCUGGUUCUGGCGAUGCUGGCGUCCAAACCCGGUGUGACCGGUGGAGCCGAGGCCGUCGGGAACGCCAGCGAGGGUCUUCUUGAAUUUUCUGUAGGGAAGUUUAGAUACUUCGAGCUCAACAGGCCCUUUCCAGAGGAUGCCAUUUUGCGUCAUAUUUCCAGCAAUGUGUCUUUUCUUAUUUUCCAAAUACACUCACAGUAUCAGAAUACAACAAUUUCUUUUUCUAAGACUCUCCUUCCCAAUACCUCAGGGACAGGCACUGACAAAGGACUGGUUUUCAUUCUUAGACCAGAGCAGAGUAUGUGCACUUUGUAUUUGCAGACUUUAGAUGCUGAGCCUGUCCAAAACAUGGCCAUUCCACUCUCCUAUUCAGAAAGAGAUCCUAUCCCUGGAGGCUGUAAUUUGGAGUUUGAUUUAGAUAUUGAUCCCAACAUUUACUUGGAGUAUAAUUUCUUUGAGACAACUAUUAAAUUUGCCCCAGCAAACCUUGGCUAUGCAAGAGGCACAAAUCCUCCGCCAUGUGACAUUGGGAUGGAACAGGACUCUAGGUGGAGGUUGCUGUAUGAUGUCUAUCAGUAUUUUCUGCCUGAGAAUGACCUCACCGAAGAGGGGUUGCUAAAGCAUCUGCAGAGGAUGGCCGAGGUGCCUCAGGUGAAGGCCAAUGCUAUCAAGGUGGUUACCCUCACAGCUAAUGAUAAGACAACUGUUUCCUUCUCCUCCCUCCGAGGACAAGGUGUCAUUUAUAACGUUGUUGUUCGGGAUCCAUUUCUAAAUACAUCUGCUGCUUAUGUUCCUGCUCAUACAUAUGCUUGCAGCUUUGCGGCUGUGGAGGGUAAUUGUUCUUCCCUUGGAAGAGUGUCAACCAAAGUGUUCUUCACCCUUUUUGCCCUGCUUGGUCUCUUCAUUUGUUUCUUUGGACACAGAUUCUGGAAAACAGAAUUGUUUUUCAUAGGCUUUAUCUUCAUGGGAUAACUUCUUCUUCCUUUGAUUCCUGAAGAUUUUAGUAAAUAUGAUGUUCGUCUGAUUCUGACAGCCAUCGCUGGAAGCGUUGGUGGGAUUUUCUUGGUAGCUGCUUGGUGGAGAUUUGGAAUCCUCCUGCUCUGCAUGCUGUGUGUUGGAUUAGUGUUGGGCUUCCUCGUCUCCUCAGUGAUGUUCUUCGCUUUCCUGGGGAACCUAAAGAUUUUUCAUGAUGAUGGUGUGUUCUGGGUGACCUUCUCCUGCAUAGCUGUCCUCAUUCCAGUAGUUUUCAUGGGCUGCUUAAGAAUACUGAACAUACUGACUUGUGGACUCAUUGGCUCCUACUCGGUGGUCUUGGCCUUUGACAGUUACUUGUACACAAGCCUUUCUCAUAUCACUCUGAAUGUACUCAAGAGAGCACUCAACAUGGAUUUCCACAGAGCUUUCACAAAUGUGCCUUUUCAAACUAAUGACUUUAUUAUCCUGGCAGUAUGGGGGAUGCUUGCUGUGAGUGGAAUCACGUUACAGAUUCGAAGAGAAAGAGGGCAACCAUUUUUUCCUCCCCACCCAUACAAGUUAUGGAAGCGAGAGAGAGAGCGCAGAGUAACAAACAUCCUGGACCCUAGCUACCACAUCCCUCCAUUGAGAGAGAGGCUCUAUGGCCGAAUAGCCCAGAUCAAAGAGCUCUUCCAGAAGGAACAGCCAGCCGGAGAGAGAACACCCCUGCUUCUGUAG